AUGUCGAAAAUUACGGUUGCCAACGUCCGCACUCAGGUCUCUGAGCUGCUCGAGUACUCUCUCGAGACCAAGAAGCGCAACUUCCUCGAGUCUGUCGAGCUUCAGAUCGGCCUCAAGAACUAUGACCCCCAGCGUGACAAGCGUUUCUCCGGCACCGUCCGCCUCCCGGUCGUCCCCCGCCCCAACAUGAGCAUCUGCAUUCUCGGUGACCAGCACGAUAUCGAUCGUGCCAAGCACGGUGGUGUUGACGCCAUGUCCGCCGACGACUUGAAGAAGCUCAACAAGAACAAGAAGCUCAUCAAGAAGCUCGCCCGCAAGUACGACGCCUUCGUCGCUUCCGAGACCUUGAUCAAGCAGAUCCCCCGUCUCUUGGGUCCCGGUCUGUCUAAGGCCGGCAAGUUCCCCACCCCCGUCUCCCACGCCGACGAUCUCUCUGGCAAGAUCACCGAGGUCAAGUCCACCAUCAAGUUCCAGCUGAAGAAGGUUCUCUGCAUGGGUGUCGCCGUCGGCAACGUCGGCAUGACCCAGGAGCAGCUGAUUGCCAACAUCAUGUUGGCCAUCAACUACCUCGUCUCCCUGCUGAAGAAGGGCUGGCAGAACGUUGGAAGCUUGACCAUCAAGGCUUCCAUGUCUCCCCCCAAGCGCCUCUACUAA